AUGAUUUCAUAUCAUCUUGUAAAUGAAUCUAUUAGGACUGAAGAUGUUAUUGUUGAUGAAACUAAUAAAAGAUAUAUCUUCAAGUAUCCAUGUACAUCAAAUAGUGAAUGUACAGAUUAUUUUGUUAGUUUACCUGCAGGUGUGUACAAAUUUGAGUUGUAUGGUGCCUCAGGAGGAGCAACUGAAGGAAAAGUUUCGACUUUCAUUGAUUCGAAUGGAAAUUGCACGAGUCAAGAGAUUGUAACUGCAUUCGGCGGAAACACAGAAUGCAAGAAAAAGAAUAGUCGAGGAGGCUCUGGCGGUUAUAUCUCAGGAACAAUAAUACUUUCUAAGCGAACAACCACUUUUUUUACAAUCGGCGGUCGCGGAAUCUAUACAUACAAAAUUACAGAGGAACAAACAGAGCGAUGCUAUAUCCAAGAAAAUAUGGUUGCUGGAGGAUAUGGCGGUGGCGGAUACGCAGCUAAUUGGUAUCGAAAUGAAGUUGAUAAUGGCUCAGGGAGCGGAGGCGGCCAAACAUGUGUCAAAUUUGAGAAGAACGAUCUCUGGCAUCGCGUUAUUGUAAGCGGCGGCGGUGGUGGCUCAGACAAUAGUGCUAGCGUGAAUACUGAGUUUCGAGGUCCAGAUGAUGGCUCAGGA